CUACACUCGCUUGAACGGAUUGGUAAAUACCAAACCAAACCAUUUCCAUUUGGUUAUCCGCUUGAAUUUGAUUUUUGUAAAUAGGCUGAACGUGUCAAAAUUUUGUGCAUGGUAUGUUGAGAAUACGCAGAGCAAUUCAUCUAAUCAUCACUAUCUACAUUAUAUUACAGACCACAAAUUGACCUUAUCACUCAUACCGAAGAGGUGACAACACUUCUGUUUUCCUUUAUUAACAAAAAAGUACUCACGGUGGUCAAAAGCACGGCCAAAUAUCAGAUUUCUUGCUCCAUGACUACAAAAAUUUGAAAAAUGUUUAUAUACCCACCUUUUUCUUGAUGAAAUUUUCAAUUUAAAACCAAUCUAACUACCUAAUUUCAUGUUUCCUACAAUUCUCCAAAUAAGCUAGUAUAACAGUCCACUUUAUAAGUCUCUCUUAAUAACUGACUGCACAAUGUGGAAUAUAGAAAUAAAAAUUAAAACCGAGGAUGAAUCAAAUGUUCGCGGGGCAGAUUCAGAAAAUGGGAAUGUUAAAGUCGGACUUCAUGAUGAAAAUGUUAAAACAGAGGUUGGAUCAAAUAUGUACAGUGUCGAUUUGGAAAAUGUAGAAUGUAAAAACAGGAAACUUGAAACAGAGAUUUCAGACACUGAUUCAAAUAUGUGGCAUGCUGAUUUAGAAAAUGUAGACAUGAAGGUGGAAUCGGAUUAUGGAAAAGUUAAAACAAAGAUUGAUUCAAAUAUGCGCAAUGUUAAUUUGGAAGAUGGGGAUACUGAAAUUGAAUGUAAAGUAAAAACAGAAACAAUAGAAACCGAGUCAAAGAUGUGUAGUGCUGUUUCAGAAUAUGAUUUUCAAUUUGACGAUGGAAUAUUAGAUACCAAAAAUAAAAUUGCAACAUCACGUGAAUUUCCAGAAAGGAUCAUCAAACAAUGUUGCUUGGAAAAGGAGAUUUUAUAAAGUGACUAACUACUGACAGAUGUCAGAUCUGAAUUGCACGUCUCCAGGAGGGCAUCACUACGAGGAGAAUUCUAAUAGUUAUAAUUGCAAUUAUAUUGAUAGCUAUAAGUUCUAUCUUACUUGUGAUAGGAACACUUGUAUUCAUUGUAAUGAGAAAUUUACAACAAAGAUUUAUUUAGAUGACCAUACAAUUAGGAAACAUAGUAAGAUACUUGAAUGUACAUUUUGCACAUUCACAACUACCGUAAAGGAAUUUCUUGCCGAACAUGUUCUACGCCAUUCAGAAACAUCAACCAGCCAUACACGCUGUAUGUGUAUUCAGUGCAAUGCAACAUUCAAGCAUAAACAGAGUCUGGAUGAUCAUAUAAUCAAGAAACAUCCCGAUUGUUUGGCAACUAUUUCUAGUAAAAUACAUGAAUGUACAUAUUGUACAUAUAAAACCACCUUAAAAAGCCACUUAAAUAGGCAUCUGCUGCAGCAUUCAGAGGCAGAAGAUAGCCAUAAGCUCUUUACUUGUAUUCAUUGUGAUUCGUCGUUUAAAUGUAAUCGGAGUUUAGGUAAUCAUAUAAUUAACAGACAUCCCGACUUUGCAGCAUCUGUUUCUAGUAAAAUACAUACAUGUCCAUAUUGUGCGUACAAAACCACCUCAAAAGCUAGUUUAACUAAACAUACGUUGAGAUAUUCGGAGCAUAGUACAUGUAUUACCUGUAACAGUGUAUUCAAAAUUAAAAAUCAGCUGGAUGAUUAUACAAUUAAGGAAGAUCCUGACUUUAUUAGCUCAGAUUCUAGUAAAAUACUCCAGUGUACACUGUGUACAAUGAAAACUAACAUGAAACGCUCUUUAGAAUGACAGGUGCUGAAACAUUCCAAGGCAAAACAUAGGCAGCAUAAGCUCAGUACAUGUUCCAUUGUAUUAUUCCGAGUCAAAGUUCCAUUACUUAGUCAGUGUCUGACCAAUCAUCAAAAUUUGAAGCACUUGUAACAGAUACAAACAUUUGGAAUUUAGUCAUAAAAAUAAGUGUAAUAGUGAUCAAGCCAAUCACAAAACAUAUCAAGACUUGGCUCUACAUGAAUCUAAUACAUUUUCAUGGUGAUCACUAAAGAUCCUAUCAGGAAACUCAUAUGACAAGUAAGAAUAAUACUCUUACAUUUUGUUUUUGAUCGGAUCUCAGAAACCUUGUUCGUAUGCAGCACUCCUUUUCUGGUACUAUUUCUCUUUUAAUUUUAUUUGAAUGUCCUUGAUAUGCAGUUUGCUGAAUUUACAGGAACGAAAAUGGUGGUCAUAUUGAAAGAUUCGUACUAUUGCCUAUAUUAUGUAGAUAAAACUCAACAUACACUGAAAGAAUUAACAAGAAGCUCGGGAACAUCUUGUAGUGACUCUUUUUUUUUUCUCUUAAACUAUACGAGAUUGCCCGAUUUUAUAGAAGAAACAGUAGAAAAAAGGAUCUACCAAAUAAAAAAUAAAAUCAGUGUUGUCGGGAAAGUUCUCCUUUGUGAGAGUGUUUCGUAAAAGUCAAAUAGCAAAACGCGUGUUCCAAAUUUCAUUUAGAUCGGACUAUUCGAUCUUAAAAUAUCUGAAAAAUGCGUUUUAAGGACGAAAGCUUUGGCGCGAUCUAACGAACAAACGAAGCAUUUUUGCAUAGCGGUAAAUCAUGUCUAAUCGGCGUAUUUUGAGUCUAAAAAUACGUGGUACUUGUAUGCCCACAGAAUAUUGGAACACAAAGCAGUGUGUGGGUGAUGGUAGGUUAAGACUAAGUAAAUUCUGUGAGCUUUGAGCGAAUAAAAAAGUUUCAAGUGCGAAAAGUGAAGGCCAUUCGUGACAGUACGAACAUUUGUAUGUUAUGACUGUCAACACAUGUCAAUUGUUUUCCAUGUUACAAGCUAUAUUUUCCUCCGUAGAAGUGCGAUAUAUAGUUCUCGGGCAGCCAUUUACAUAUUUACAUAGUGCAAUGGGGUACAUUUUAAAGAUGAUUCAAUCGAAUGGGUAAUAAAAAAUAUCCUACUUCUGUAAUAUGUAUUAUUUAUUGAUCACUAGUAACAGUUCUCAAAAUAUACAAUAAAAGCGUUAUACACCCGCAGUGGUACACAGAUUUAAUAUUACAAAUGCGCUACCAUUUCCAAUAAAAACCUGUAAACAAAAAGGAAAUUACCGUAUAUGUAGAAUAUGUGAAAUAACCUAAAAGAUAUCUAGAAAAACAACGGUCAAUCAAUAUUUAAUCUAUCGACGUCUCGGAGCCGGUAACCAGCCGUCUUCUUCCUCCGAUGGCUGCUGUUGGUUGCCUGAUGUCUGUGGUUCGCGAGCUGCAUUCAAAAACAUUCGUAUAAAUAUAUAUAAAAAAAGUGACGGAUAACCUAUGCUAGAACACAGUAACAUAACACGACACGAUCUAUCGAGUGGCGAGUAUAGCAAAGCAGGACUUGGUUUAAAUCGCUACCAAGAGCCGUAUCGCUCAUACUUUUGAUUUAUACGUUAUAUCAACUUGAAAUUUCUUACAGUUCAAAAAGAAAACGUAGCCUCGCAAUAGGAGAGCGCUGACACAGAAUAGUAGAAAUACAGCCCAGCCUUUCUGAAGGAGAGAAAAUUAAGUAAAAUCGUUAACUUUCCCUACCAAAACUUAUAAGAACAAGACACUAAUUUUUUAAAAAGUAUAGUCAAAUACCCGGGGUAUCAAUAAAAAUUAGGAAAUUUUAUUUUCCUGUCUAAUAAUUUACUAGCGCCUUGGAGAAAACCUCGUAAGGAUUUUUUUCGUUGACAAUGACCCAAAAAAACCUAGGAAAACUUCGCCCGGUUCGGAAGAACAAUUUUUGGAAUUAGUUUAUGAUAAUUGUUCCAACAAUUUUUGAGCCUAUUUUGUUCCUGCAGAUGCAGAUUCGUUAAAAAAAUGAUUUUGAAUAAGAUUAUGUAAUUCUUUAUUUUUCGAACAGAUGAUCAAAGAUGCUCCUGGACAAUUCAAGCUCAAAAUCUUGGAAAUAAUAGUGGGAUCACUUGUCACUCUCAUGUUUUCAUUAUCUGUUUACAUCUUUAUUCGGUAGUCAAUUUAGCAAAGCAUACUUUAUACGCUAUAGAAAGCAGCACUAUUAUCCAUAGAGCCAACUUCAAACAGAGUGCGAACGAGGUUUCUCCAUUGCACGAAGUUUUGCAGCAAAAGCACAGAUUAGGCUUUUGAAUCGUUCCUUUGACGCAUUGAUUAAAAAUAAUUUUCAUCAAUAUCCUGGAUUGUUUAAAAUUAUCCUAUGCUUUAAAAUGAAUAUCCUUGACCUCUUUUCUAAGUCUUGUUACAUGUUAAUUUAUGCUGUCGUUUUGCUAUAAAGGAGUUUAUUAUUUUUUGUCAUAUUUCAUUAGGAUUCUGUAUGCAUGAUUUUUAAGAAACAAUAUUAUUUUGUAAAUAAGUUUAUUUGUAAUGUAUAAAUACAUAUUUGGAUGGACCAAAACGCUGUAUGAUAAGAAGUUUUAUUUGCAAUUGAAAGUAUCCGGAUAUUUAAAAAAAUACUCUAUACCCGGGUAUAAAAAAAGUCCGGAUACGGGAAAAC